UUAGGCAAUGUGUCUGGAUCCCUGGGCCUAUCUCACAGCAUGUUAUACCUAGUUGCACACAUACAUAGGAACAAGUCUAUAGGAGAUCUGGCUAAGUAAAAACUUCAAGAUUUGGUUGGAAGAGCCUUUAGAAUCAAUCAUGCAUGGUAUGAUGCAUGGACUGCAGAUUGUAAGCAACAAUUUUGAAACUUUUGGUUUCACUCAACUUUAUUGGAUGAGUUUUGCAACUAUUCACAGCAGAACUCCAUUGUACUUAGAGCUGGACAACUGUUUGAUAACAUGCUUGGCGAUAAUCUGAUGAUAAAUAACAAAGAAUCAGUAACAGUCCUUAAUGUUUUCUCUAAACCAUACGAGGCAGCCUUUUCUCCCCUUGCAACAUAAACUUCAUCAACCUCAUCUCCUGUUACAACCCAUUCCACUACAACAAAUGGCAAAUGAAUAUAGAAACAAGCAACUUUUAAAUAAAAGCCGGGGAGAAAAGGUACACAAAUUGUCUGAUGGACCUUUGUGUCUCCCUGAGUAUUUUUCUUGCUACUAUUUUCUGGUCUGUGAAUGUGAAAGAAAUACACUUGUUUGAUCUUAAAUGUCCAUAAAGGAAUACAUUUUGCCUCCAAGUUUUAAAAGGAACCGGGGGGGCAGAGAUGUAAGGGAACCAGGCUGCAUCCUUGGUGCUGCCACUUACAGUCCAGCCUUGGGCAUCAUUUAAUCUCGCCCUACCUCCAUUUCCCCACCUGUGGGGGCGAUAGAUUCCCUGCUGGAGGGGAGCAGAUUGAGGGGCUCGAUCAAAGGCGCCACUAAGCCUUAUCACAGAAACAGCCCCCAAAGCCACCGCAAGAAUUUCCUCCCAGCGCCUCUCUUGGUGGAGCAGCCGCGCCCUGCCGCCCAGCCUCCCUUGGCACGCUGCGGGGCCAGCGGGAACAAGGAGGGACCAAAGGGGACGGGCCAGCAGGCAGCGGCCUCCGCGUGACCCAUCACACACACACACACGGGCUUGUGCUUUGCUCCGACAGGGCACCACUGCGCGCUCUGCGGGCAGAGCGGAGCCCGGCCCCGCGUAGCGCCUGCGGGCCGGAGCCAUGGGCGGCAGGCAGGGCGCGCUGCGCACCGGGCUGGGCUGCACCCUGCUGCUGGCUCUCUUCCUGCUGGGCUUCCUGGGCGGCUGGUUAAUGAAACCCACUAAAAAAACAACUAGUUCAACAGAUGCCUAUCGAAAUGUGAGACAGAAACUUGUGACUGAAAUGAAAGCAGAAAACAUCAAGCAGUUUCUUCGUUUAUUCACAAAGCUCCCUCACCUGGCAGGAACAGAACAGAACCUUCACCUAGCUAAGCAAAUUCAAGCCCAGUGGAAAGAAUUUGGAUUGGAUUCAGCAGAGCUGGUUCAUUAUGAUGUCCUCCUUUCUUACCCAAAUGAAACUCAGCCCAACUAUGUCUCAAUUAUUGAUGAUCAAGGGCAUGAGAUUUUCAAUACAUCAUUGUUUGAGCCGCCUCCUCAGGGAUAUGAAAACAUUACUGGUGUGCUGCCACCAUAUAAUGCUUUUUCUGCACAAGGAAUACCAGAGGGAGAUUUGAUGUAUGUGAACUAUGGCCGUACCGAAGACUUUUUCAAGCUAGAGCGAGAAAUGGGAAUUAACUGUACUGGAAAGAUUGUUAUUGCCAGAUAUGGGAAAAUCUUCAGAGGAAACAAAGUUAAAAAUGCCAUAUUAGCUGGUGCCAAAGGGAUUAUACUGUAUUCAGACCCUGCUGACUACUGUGCCCCUGGAGUAGAUCCUUAUCCAUCUGGCUGGAAUCUUCCUGGAGGUGGAGCCCAGCGUGGAAAUGUUUUAAAUCUGAAUGGGGCAGGGGAUCCUCUCACACCAGGUUAUCCAGCAAAAGAAUAUACCUUCAGGUCCAAUAUUGACGAAGGAGUAGGAAUUCCCAAAAUUCCAGUUCACCCCAUUGGAUAUCAUGAUGCAGAAAUACUAUUACACUUCCUGGGAGGACCUGCAGCACCAGACAGUAGCUGGAGGGGAAGCAUCAAUGUGUCUUACAACAUUGGUCCUGGAUUUGCAGGCAGCUAUUCUACAAGAAAGGUCAGAAUGCAUGUCCACACAAACAGCAAAAUAACACGAAUUUACAAUGUCAUUGGCACUAUCCAUGGAGCCGUGGAGCCAGACAGAUAUAUUAUUCUGGGAGGACAUAGAGAUUCCUGGGUAUUUGGUGGGAUUGAUCCAACCACUGGUACAGCUGUUCUUCAAGAAGUUGCUCGGAGUUUUGGCAAAAUGAUGAUGGAAGGUUGGAGACCUAAGAGAACUAUUAUUUUUGCUAGCUGGGAUGCAGAAGAAUUUGGACUAUUAGGUUCCACAGAGUGGGCCGAGGAGAAUGCUAAAGUUCUUCAGGAGCGGGCUGUUGCUUACAUCAACACAGAUUCUUCUAUAGAAGGCAACUACACUCUAAGAGUUGACUGCAGCCCCCUUCUCUACAAAUUGGUGUAUAAUCGGACAGAAGAGAUUGCAAGCCCUGACGAGGGUUAUGAAGGCAAGACUCUCUAUGAGAGCUGGCUUGAAAAGGACCCUUCGACAGAACGUAAAAGUCAACCCAGAAUAAACAAACUGGGAUCAGGCAGUGAUUUUGAAGCUUAUUUUCAGCGGCUGGGAAUCACAUCAGCCAGAGUCCGUUAUACCAAGAAUAGGAGAGCAGACAAGUUCAGCAGUUACCCAGUUUACCAUACCACAUAUGAGACCUUUGAGUUAGUAGAACGAUUUUAUGACCCCACGUUCAUGAAACAGCUUGCUGUUGCCCAGUUACGAGGAGGACUUGUGUAUGAACUUGCUGAUUCCCAGGUGAUUCCUUUCAACUGCCAAGAUUAUGGAGAAGCCUUAAGGACAUAUACAAAUAGAAUCUAUAAUUUGGCUAAGAAAUAUGAAGAACAGAUAGAGACUUAUGGAGUGUCAUUUGGUCCCCUAUUUUCUGCUGUGAUGAAUUUCACAGAAACUGCUGCAGAUUUUCACAGAAGACUCAAAGAGCUUGAUGUGAAUAAUCCACUUGCUGUGCGCAUCAUGAAUGAUCAGCUGAUGUUUGUGGAAAGAGCUUUCAUCGAUCCUCUUGGUUUACCAGGCAGGAAAUUUUACAGACACAUUGUUUUUGCUCCGAGCAGCCACAAUAAGUACGCUGGAGAGUCAUUCCCAGGGAUCUAUGAUGCCAUGUUUGAUAUUGAAAACAAAGCAGAUCAGCGCAAAGCCUGGGAAGAAGUAAAGAGGCAGAUCUCCAUUGCAGCCUUCACUGUGCAGGCUGCAGCUGGGACUCUGAAGGACGUUGCAUAGGAAUAAGACACCAGCAGACAUGGCCACAUGGCUAACUCUUAAAAAAUGGAAGUGAACACACUAGAGUGAUGCCAUUUCUGCUUUGUGCAGAGUAUUUACCAGGGUUGCAAUCUAACCAAUUUUGUGCAUACAGAAAUCCCAUGGGAGUUAGUGAGAGCUGUGGUUAUGGGACUGAUAGUUAAAUAACUCCCUGUCUCUUGGUUCUCUGAGACUGGCAUAACUGCUGUGUUAACAACAAUGAAAAAGACUCUAGAAGGAAAAAAAGAAAUCAAUUUUGCCUUUUUGGAGAAUAAUGUCAGUUAUAUAAUAUAUAAUAACAUGGCUUAUAUAGUCCAAAGGAUUCACUAAUUUUGGGAACCUCCAUUUUUUGGGUUUCCAGUACUUCUAAAAAUUCAUGGUCUUAAAGUGCAUGUGUACUAGAGAAACUAGAACCUGCCAUUGAUGCAGUUUUGUGAGUGGUAGAAACUAUAAUACGGACAGGGUUCUGGGGUUUAAGACCAUCAGACUUAAGGGUGUUCUGAGCAGGACUAAACAACAUGGUAAGAACGUCUGAACUCUGCACUGGGGCUUCUACCCCUGAGGUAUCUUGUGCAUUAGGUUCCUCUAUGACCUAAUUUUGCUAGGCCUGGUCUAUACUAGACCAGGAAUGUUGGCUUAAUGUAUACAUAUCCAGCUAUGCAAAAUGUAUAGCUGGAGUCAGCUUACCUUAUGCUGAGCCUUGGUGGCGUCCACACAACGGAAGCCCAACCAGAGAAAACACUCCUGUCAGCUUCCCUUACUCCUCGCAAAAGGAGGAGUAUCAGUGUUUGAUUUAUGGGAUUACACUAGACCCGCUAAAUCGAAUGCUAGAUUGACCUGUGGAGCAUCAAUCUUGCGCUAAGUAUAAAUGUUCCUCUAGUGUGUACAGUGAUUUAGGGCAUAAGAAUCACAGUACUGGAUCAGAUCCAUGGUUCAUUUCUGACAGUGAUCAGCACCACAUGCUUCAGAGAAAGGUACAACACACUCACAGUUGUCUCCUCAUAGAGACUGAUUUACCUAUACUCUUUGAUUGUGGUUAUGUCUAUAAGAGAUGGUGAGCACCACAGUCCCAACUUACUUCCAUGGUAUUGGAUGCACUCCUUCUCUGAAAAGUCCAGCGCUAGGACUCCCAUGCUGCUCACCCAUCAUCAGUAAACAUUAGACAUUGUAGGUCUAGAUGCUUUUAUGCUAUUUUUAAUAAUCAAAUGAAAUACUAAAAAAAAAAAAAAAAGAUUUUUAUGUGCAUGAGUUUGAAAGCCCUCAGGCCGAGAUUUUCAAAGGGAAAGGAGAGUUAAAGUCCCUUUUAAAAUUUCCCUUUUCAAAACCCCAAUUUAUAAAAGAUCACUAUUCAGUAGUGUUUAGAGGGAAAAGAGCCAGUAGAAAAGCACUAUCUAUAGGCAGUGCCGUCAGGAGAGAGCGCUGUGUGGUGAGGCCCUGAUCCAUAGAUAGAAAUGGAUAGAAAUGUCUACCCGCGGAAGACAGGCACAACAGGACUCUGGGCAGACAUUUCUAUCUAUAUAGGUUUCUGCUGACAGUGGGCACUGAACGCCCACUAUUUUUUUCCUGUGGGUGCUACAGCUGCGAGCACCCACAGAGUUAGCGCUUAUGUCACUGUCCCUUCUGUGAUGAGCUACCUGCUCCAUUUGUAACAGCUGCCCUCUUUAAUUGGGGAAGAUAUUUUAUAUCAUGCCGUCACCCACCAGCUGAUGUCUGGUGACAGAGGUGAAAAAUGUUUUCCCAGAAUGAUAUUAAUUACUGUUCUGAGUAGAAGGGAUGGAAUGCUCAGCAUUUCUCCUUCAACUUCUAGAGGACUGAAGUAGACGCAAUUUUUAUCUUCUAAUGUUACCAGCAAAAACUCAAGUUUCAGCCACCUUAGAAGUUAAUUUAAAUUCAAGGAUGAAGGAAGAAAGUAAAAUGACCACAUGAAAAGCGAAUUGACGUGCUUCUCAGAAACCAGAUGCUGCAUAUUAAAAAAGGACCAAAUGUUGCUUGGAGUAGGGAUUUUCCUCCGUGACUUGACCAACAUUUUUUCUUUUCCACUGAGUGUGCAAUAUAGCACAUUAUUGUUAUCUUCGGUCCCAGAGGUGGCUAUAUUUCUGUGACUCUGACUGCAGAUAAGAAUUUUGGGAUUUAUCAGUCUGUCGAUAUGAAUGGAUAAUAUUAAAUAUCAUAUACACUGCCCUUCACAACUCCACUUAUCCAGUGCCUACACUUUGAUCCAUUUAUUCAACCAAUCUGAAGCAAUUUGUGAGACAUGUAGCCUUAAAGUUUGUGACUCUCAGCAUUUAAAGCUUAGAAGGGGACAAUAAAGCAGUUUGAA